AUGUGGUCCAAGACCCUCCUCGCUAUCACCGCCUCCAUGACCUGGUGUCUUUCUUCUGUCUCCGCCCAAACCAACACCAAUGCCCCCGUCACCACCAACAACCACGGCCAUCUCUACCGCGCCGAGCUCCAACCCAAGGAUAACACCACCGUGGGCGGGCACGUCACCACCUACUCCGGUCCCAGCAAAGUCGGUAUCAACCUGGUUGUUGAAUUCUGGGGAAUCCCUGAUGAUGGUCAACCCCUGGCCUACCACAUCCACGAAAAGCCCGUCCCCGAUGACGGCAACUGCUACAGUACGGGCGCGCACCUCGACCCCUACAAACGAGGCGAUACCAUUCCCUGCGACAUUAAGGCGCCCGAGACCUGUCAGGUGGGCGAUCUGAGUGGCAAGCAUGGACCCGUGUGGGCGCCUGAAGAUGAGACGUUCUCCGUGACGUAUACGGAUUGGUUCUUGUCGAAUAACGAGGACGAUGUGGCGUUCUUUGGCAAUCUGUCGGUGGUGGUGCAUGCGUCGGAUAACUCGCGACUGGCGUGUGGAAACUUUGAGGUGUUUGAUUUCGGUCACUAG